GAAGUUUCCAUAAGCAGCCACCUGUCUGCCUUCGCGUUCAUUAAUGUCUCUCCUCUAUCUCCAUUUAUUGCCGUAAGUUAUGAGCGACCGCGCCAGUGAAGCCCUUGAAGAGGGCUUUCUGCUGGGGGAGCCUCAAACAUAUAAUGCCCUAUCAAGCGUAAAAAUGGUCUCUCUCUCUACCCUCCAUUAUCAUCGUGCAAAUGGGCGGCGCUCGAAAGAGCAGAAGGCCAAGAGCCAACAAUGUCUCACUCCACUUGAAGAGAAAGCACUUACCGGUAUCCCAAAAGUACUGAAACAAUAUAGCUUGGCUUGAAUAGUGGAGCGGAGAUACUCCGUGCCUAGCCCCUGACAAAUUGAAAAUACACAGGAAUCCGGUUA